UAGAAGCUGCAGGUGUAGGGAAGAUGACUCCACUGAGCUCUUGGGUUGAAAUCCUGCCUUGAGCAGGGUCUCAGUGCAGGGCCCAGCUCAGCAGGCUGUGCCAGGCAGUGUGUGGGAACACACCUGAGCAGUCUGUACCUGCUCCCCUGCACACGCAGGAAGGUCCAGAGGGUGCAACUCCAACGUGGAAGGCUCUAUGGGAACCAGUCAGCCCUCCCCAGGUGUUAAGGGUAGAAAUAUGCAUGCUCCUGAUACAUGAAAAUGGCAGUAAAGCAGGACAAGGAGGCACUGGCUCCAGCCUGUACUUGCUUCUCAUUGCCCUGCGAUUUCUCCCUCGUCCUUGAUCUCAUUCCAAGGGUUUGGACUCUCUCCAUCAGCAGGGAAAACACUCCCCACGUCUCCCUGGGCAAACAGAAGUAGAGGAUGUGUAAGGUCACCAGAACUCUUCCCUGUGGCCACCUGCAGUGCAGAGCUUGAAUGUUCCCGAGGGCUCUCCCAGUUCUGCAGGUGCAGCCAGUGCCCCAUUCCCUCCCUGCUGCUCCUUCCCUCCCGGCAGUGCCCCUCCUGUCUGUGCCCUGCGCUCGGCCUCUCCCCAGUUACUGUUUGACAGAAACGCACUCAGUCCUGCCCGUUUCCUGGCAGCUUUGAUUUUUCCAGCUCAUGAGGCAGAAGAGGCUUGUGACACUUUGUGUAGGGGCUGGAGCUGUCACUGCCAGAUCCUGUCAAGGUCAACCCCCCACCAGAAAGUGUAAGGGGUAUUGUAGGAUUCUGUAGCACAAGGAUGCAGAGGUUUGCUUUCACAAAUUUCUUUGUUACAAGUUACUGUUAGGUGAAUACAGGCAUGAGUAGCAAAGUAAGUGAGUGUGUACAUAGAAUCAUUAUUUUUUACUGUUAGUAGCACUUCCAUAGAUUUCACUGGAAGGAUCAUGGCAAAGUUCAUCAAACUCCUGCAGGAGUGAGGUCAGUAGAUGAUGGACAAGGUCUCUCUUUGGGUAUGACCCAUGUCAUUGAGCCUGGAGCCAGCCUGGUGUUCCUUGGGAUCCGAAGGGCUGUGCAGGGUGAGCUCCAGAACAGAGAGGCUCUUUGGGGCAGUAGCCGGUUACUUCUGCAUGGGUCCAUGAGGGCAGAGGACACCAGCUCUUGGAGGGCCAUGGCUGCCUGGAUCCAAGGCUCCUCUGCAGGUUGUCAUGGGUUUUUGCCUUGCAAGUUCCAGUAAUUUCUUGGGUUCAGCCUCUCCAAGGAUGCCCUGGGCUCCCUGUUGUGCUUCCCAAGGGCACUGCAGGUUCCCUGCUCUGAAGGCUGCUUUCCUAGGCUGGCAGAUGUUUCUCUAUCUGUGUUUGAACACACGCUGCUUGUCAGUGCUUUUCCCCAUUGUAACCAGGUCACCUUCAGGGCUACUGCUCCAGCAGGGUGUCAGUGGUGUUCCCUUGGUCCCAGCAGGAAGAAGCUGUCCUGGGUCUGGCAGUGACCCCCAGGAGCCCCAUAAGCUGUGCUGGACAUUGGGAACUCUCUGUGCUUGUUCCCAUUCCCAGCCUGAGCUCCCAUUCCCAGUGUCUGAGCAGGCACUACUCUGCUCCAGUCCCUGGUGCCUAGGGGGAACAGCCACCACCCCGUGUGCCACCGUGGCAGCUUCCUGCCCAGGUGCUCCCUGCUCAGUCCCUGCUCCAGGGUUGUCUGGAAACGUGGCUAGAGGGGAGGGACCUCCCUGGGGCACAGCAGUAAGUCCAGCAGUCCCUUCCAUGGGCAGCUGCUGGCAGAGCUCUGCUUCCCUGAGAGGCACCCCUGCUCCCCAGGCUCCUGCUGCUCCCCGGAGAGUGAGGGGCUGCGCCUGCUGCCAAGCUGCAUCUGCUGAGAGGCUCCAGGUGAGUGAUGGCUGAGAAUUGUGUUGGGGAUGCGCUAUCCCUGUGGUGUAUCUCAUACGGGGCAGCCACGGCCAGCUGGGCCCUGGGAGCCAUCCUUGCUGUGCUGGCCUCGCUCAUCAUCGCCGCCAAUGUGCUGGUGGCCAUCGUCCUGCUCUGCCACAUCCAGAAGAGCGGCUCCAAGGGGCUCUGUUUCGUCCUCAAUCUUGCCUUGGCGGAUGCCAUGGUUGGCUUCACAGUCAUGGGCCUGGCCAUAGAUGAGCUUUCCCAGCCCUUUCAUCCUUCCCAGAAGUUUUGCAUCCUGAGAAUGGCUUUUGUGACCUCUUCCUGUGCUGCCUCCAUCAUGUCCCUGAUCCUGAUUGCAUGUGACAGGCACCUGGCGAUCCGGAAGCCUUUCCACUAUUUUCAGCUGGUGACAGGCCUGCGGGUUGGGCUGUGCUUGGUGGGGCUCUGGCUGGUUGCUGCCGUCAUCGGCUUCCUCCCGGUCUUCAUCCCACGCUUCCAGAGGGUCUCCAACCAUUGGAAAUGCUCCUUCUUCAAUGUCUUCCAGCCUUCCUACAUGCUCACCAUGUUCUGCUUCGGCUUCUUCCCUGCGCUCUUCCUCUUCCUCUACCUCUACUGUGACAUGCUGAAAAUUGCCACGGUGCAUGUGCAGCACAUCCAGGAGGUGGAGCAGGCAGGGCUGGGGGGGAGCUGUCCCCCGCCCCAUGCCAGCAGUGACAUGAAGGCCAUGCGCACGGUGGCCGUGCUCAUCGGGUGCUUCACCCUCUCCUGGCUGCCCUUCUUCAUCGCCAGCGUUGUGCAGAUGGUCUGCCCCGAAUGCUUCCCCUACAAAGUCAUCGAGAACUUUCUCUGGCUGUUGGGAUUGGGCAACUCCCUCCUGAACCCACUGCUCUAUUCCUACUGGCAGAGGGACGUGCAGCUCCAGCUCUCCCAGCUGGUUGCAGGUGUGAAGAAGAGGGUCCUGUUCCACCUGGGCCGCAGCCACUGUUUCCCUGGCAGAAACACCAAGGCUCUUCCUGCUGUGUCCUGCCUGGAGCUCCAGGACUGACUUGGUGGCUGCCUCUGGCUUUCCAGCUCCCCUCCUCCAUUGUGACCACAAACUCGGGGCCUGCCAGCUGUGAAGGAGAUCCCAGAUGGGAGGGACCAGUCCAGAUGUUAAUUCCCACACACCAUCAUGGCCGGAUUCCAGCCUGCCCGCUGCUCCACAGCCCCCAGCAUAGCUGGCUUCACUCUAGCCCUGGGUAGCCCAGGGGUGCUGGUUGCAGGUGUUCCCUGGAGAGCCUCUGCUGGAGCAGCCCCGUGUCUCCUGGACCAAGCUCUGCUGCUGUCCCCUCUGUUCACACCACUGGCUCCAUGGGCAACAAAUGCCCUGUUCCUGGAGCAGGUGUGGGCACAGGGAGAGCUCCACCCCUGUGGCCACGGAGGCAGAGGUUGGGCAGGCUGUGAACUUCCCCAAGCUCUCCUGGACCACAGGUGCUCCCACUCGCUUCCCAAACCCACCUCUCCAUCCCUGCUUUGGGCUGUGCCCACAAGGAGCAGAGGUGAGGGGGGUGGGUUUGGGCAUGGUGGACAGAGAGGGCUUGGCAGUGGCCAUGCCUGUGUGGGGGCUGGUGUGACCCAGCGCAGAGGGGCAACCCCAGUGCAGGGGGCAGCCUGGGCACUGCUGUCACUGUUUACCCAGGCUGUGGAGUGAGUCAAUGAGUAACUGGCUGAACAAGGAGAGGGAGGACUGGCUGCCUCAGAGAUCCCCACGAGGAAGAGCUGCUGUGUCCCACCCAGGAUUUGGGACUGGAAGGGGCCCUGCACACCCACUCUGCCCAUGGGAGCCCCUCUUCUGUGCUAGUGGUCAGAUGGCUGCCCCUGCCACAGGCUAUAGUGAUACUUAAUCACUUCUCAUGAAAUCAUUUUGUUUCAUCCACACAGCAAGGAAACUUCCCUUAGAAGAGGUUUGUUUGCUAAAAAAGUACACUACUCUGAAAAUGAGGGUGCUCUGCAAGAAACAGCAGCUUUUCCCACCUCUGUCCUUGCCCCGCUAGCAGACACAGAAGUUCAGGGCUGUAUCCAUUUGCAUCCAGAACUUGCCAUGGAGCUAAGGCCUUCCCCAUCCUAGGGAAAGAGGCAAAAAUGAAAGGGUCUUUAAAGACCCUAAACAAGAUGCCCUCUGUGGCACCCCCCUGGGACCAGGUCCCACACAGCAGACACCGUUCCUGGAUGUGCCAGAUGGACUGAACCUGGAGGAAGGCUGCCCAGAGCAGGCUGGCUCUGGGGGCUGCUGGGUGGAUGCAGCCUGUGCAGCUCUGGGCUCAGCCCAUCAUCUUCCUGCACCCGGGAUAUGCUGCCUGUUCUUGGUGAUGCCUGAGCUCUGCUGGCUGUGGCUUUGAUCAUCCUCAUCUUCACCGAGCCUCUGCCUUCCCCCAACACCUUCCUGCAGCAGGUCCCAGCAGGAACAGGGGCACUUUGGACAUGGGCCUUGUGCUGCUUUGCAAGCUUUCUGACUGCCAGCUCUGCUGUGUGAGUCCAUCACUGAACUGGCUGCAGGUCUGGAUCACUGUGAGGAGCAGGAGCCCUGGCUGUGCAGGAGCCCUGUCCAAGCUGGAUCAGGCUCAGGCAGCCUUCUCAGUGCCACGAACACACUGCAGCAUCUUGGAUGGGAGAGAGGACCCUGCCAGCCUACAAAGGAGCCUACAAGAGAGGUGGAGAAUGUGGACUUUGAAUAAGAGUCUGGAGUGAUGGGACAAGGGGGAAUGGCUUCCUGCUGCUAGAGGGCAGGGUUGGAUGGGAUAUUGGGAAGGAAUUGCUCCCUGGGAGAGUGGGGAGGCCCUGGUACAGGGUGCCCAAAGAAGCUGUGGCUGGCCCUGGAUCCCUGGAAGUGUCCAAGGCCAGGUUGGACACUGGGGCUUGGAGCAGCGUGGGACAGCAGAAGGUGACCAUGACAGAGGGUUGGAAUGGGAUGGGCUUUAAGGUCUCUUCCAACCCAAACCAUUCUGAGGUUCUGUGACACUGUGCAGGUGGGGGACAAGGUGCAGCUGGAGGUAGAACUCCUCCUGCAGUGGAGCAUCCCUUUCUGGGCAUCUCACUCUGGCACAGACCCCUCUCCUCCCUCUGCAAGCCAUGGGCUGGAGCUGGGCUCACAGGCUGGCACAGCUAGGGCUCCAUCCCUGGAUACAUCUCCAGCUCCUGCUGGGGUAACUUGGAGCGGCAGCUGUUCCUCGUGGGGCCAGGCCUGCUUCCAUCCCUUGUGGGAAAACAGCCAAGAAGCAGGACUCAGAGGUGCCAGAGGGCCACAAGCCCUGGCAAGUCGAGGCAGGGCCCCAAAGGAGGAAGAGAUCAGGGUGAAUGUAUGUGUAUAAGACAGUACCGGCCUGUACAAGUCUGUGCUAGCUCACAGUUAAGCAAUGUUACUAAGAAACAUAGAUAUUGUUGUUAUGGUUGUUAUUGUUUAGGCAAGUAGUUAUUUUUAGCUCAUGCUUGAAAGGUAUAUAAACCAGCAGUGUGUUCAGUAAAACUGGCUUCAUGAUGCAAACCACGAGACCUCGUCUCUUCCAUCGCCUGGCAAUCUCUCAUUCCAGAGAGCC